AUGGCUUCCUCAUCGUUCCGAGACUCGAUAAACUCGCUGGGCUGGUCGCGCGCCACUGAGGAGCCCGUCAAUACCUCGAGAGACUCCGGUUUCCUCUCUAGCAUCCAGAAUCUGAACCCCUUUCAAGAUCGCGGAUACCUGCAGCUGCCCACACACGAAGCGUCGCCAGGUGCGCCUUUGCCUGCCCCAAGUCGUCGUGAGGAAGAAGAGGGUUGGUUUGUCCUCAGUCGCUGGGAUAGACUCUUGGUCUUUGCUGCUUGCAACCUUGCAGCCCUAGCAUGCUUCGUCAUCUGCUUUACGCUCUUCCCCAUCGUCGCCACUCGCCCGCGCAAGUUUGUCCUCUUAUGGACUGUGGGAUCCUUCUUGUUCUUGGCGUCGUUUGCGGCCGUUAUGGGCCCCGUGAACUAUGUCUAUCACCUCCUGUCGACGCCCAGACUGCCCUUUACGGCGGCCUACUUUGGGUCCAUUAUAAUGACGUUGGUUUUUGCCAUUAAGCUACAAAGCACGCUUCUCACGCUGUUUUCAGCCCUUGUCCAGAUCGCCGCCCUUGCUUGGUACCUCGUCAGCUACUUUCCAAUGGGCGCAGCCGGUCUGCGCAUGGCAACGACGUUUGGUGCCAGACAAGCAACCUCUUGGAUGACUGGCUAA